GAGGUGAGUGGGGGCUGGUGGGUUAGAGGCUGAGCAGAGGGAGCUGGGAGCCAGGACUCCUGGGUUCCCUGCCCGGCUCUGGAAGGGAAUGUGGUGCCGGUGGUUAGAGCGGGGGCGGGCCUGGGAGCCAGGACUCCUGGGUUCUAUCCUCAGUCUUCCAGUGUUUUGCUGCAUCACGUUGGGCUGAUUUCCCUGCCUCAGUUUCCCCACCUGUGCAGCAGGGAUAGCAGCACUCCCCCUGCCCCGCAGUGCAUUAGGGAGGCUUGUCUAUCCCCUGUGGCCUGCUCCGAGGUGGGAUGUGGGGCAGGUCAGAGCAAACGCAGGGGGCGAUCGUUGGGGACCUCCCCCAGAAGCCGUCUCCGUUAGCCUCGGCCCGCUCCGUGUCCGGCUGGGUCCAGGGGGUUGGAUCAGGCUGUGGGCGCUGACCCUGCUCUCUGCGUCCCCCCUCAGGGCACCAUCCCAGGGAGGGAGCGGCAGCCGUGCGCGGCGAUGGCGGAAGAGCUCCGGACCCUGAACGCGGAUCUGCUGGCCAUAAGGGGGGCGCUGGAGGCUGCCGGCCCCGCGGGGACCCCUGCCGUGGCCCUGCGGGGGAAGCUGGCCCAGGAGUUCCUGGCCGCAGUUCAGGGUUUCCACGCCCGGUUCGCUCAGUGCCGGCGGAUGCAGGCGGUGUCCCCCAGCGAGCUGGAGGCCCGGCUCCAGGAGGUCUCCGGGGACCCCGGCUGCUGGUUCUACAUUGGCUGCACACGGGCGCUGACGCACUAUCUCUGGGAGGCCGGGCCGUGGUGCCGGGCCUGGCAGCGCAGGGCAGCUGGCUACGAGAAAACCUGGACCUACUACUGCCGGCCGGGGCCGGGGCCAGGGGCCGGGCUCUGCACCGUGAGGCACCUGCUGGAUCAGUUCUGUGGCACCCACCCCCGCUGCCUCAACGUCUCGCACUUCAGGAACGGCCCGGUCAGCAUCGUCUUCCUGGUGACCUACGCCCAGCGGGGCAGCCGGCCAGGGGAGCCCACCGAGGACAUGGAGGUGGCGCUGCGUGGCAUCACUGCCCACUUCCGCCACCGGGGGGCGCCGGCGGACGAGCUGGUGCAGUUCCUCAAGGACGACUUCCGCCAGCUGAUGGGGCGGUACCCGGGCUACCUGGCGCAGUGCCGGGCCAUGAGCCAGAUCCCCCCGGCGCGCUUCCCGGGACGGGCCCGGGAGAUCCUGGCGGGGCUGGGGCCGGCGGAGGGGGUCCUGGCGGGCAUGGUGCCGGACGGGGUGGUCUCCAUGCGGCCCUGCCUGUGGGAGGUGGGGGCGGGCGAGGCGCAGGCCGGCGAGAAGCUGCACACGUACUUCACCAGGCUGGACGGUGCCCUCGACGCCAAGCGGCUCCUGGAGGAGAUCUGGGGCCACCCCCGCUGCCUUGACAGCUGCCGGCGCUGGGGGGGCAGGUCGGGGACUCAGCCGGGGGCCUUCCUGUACCUGGCGAUAUUCCGGGGGCCCUGCGUCCCAGGCGGGCCAUGAGCGAAGGGGCUGACCUGGUGCCACUGCCCAGCCCCGAGCGCGUGUGGCUGGGGCGUCCGGACCCCCAGCCAUCGCCGUGCCAGGAGCUCACCGUGAGCGGGGUCCCUGGAGGAGUCGUGCGGCGCUGUGCCACGCGAGGGAUGAGAGGGAAACCGAGGCAGCCUGCUGCUUCCCACCGCCGACAGCUGGGACCUCUGCAGGCGCCUGGACGAUCUGCUCCCCGCCGAUACCUUGGCGGCUGUCCUGGUGCCCGGGGCCUGGGUGAGCCUUGGAACCGAGCCGGGUGGCUGACAUGUGCCGCGCUCUGCACCCAGCCGGGCAGGAGCAGCUGCUGUGGCUGGGGAGGGGCGUUACAGGCCUGUCCGAGGCAGCCCUGGCCUGUUAUUUUAGGCUGCCCAGAGCCGGACGUGCACAGCAGAGGGAGGAAGGGAUUUGGCCCAGGUCACACAGACCGUCGGUGGCAGAGCCGGCGCGUUCCCUGUCUCCACCGACCCCUCCCCGGUGACGGCGCUCCUGGGCUCCGACGUGCUCCUGAAAUGCAGCUU